GCCCUCGCUGUUCAAAUUCAUUGAGGGCCAGUUGCAGCAUCUAAAUUUAGCCCCACAUCUACAAGCCAAGCAUCGACAAAUACACUGACAGGUUCAUACUGAACGGUCAUGACCUCGAGAGCUUAUAAGCGUACUUUGUGUUCGUUGAGCAUGAACAGCGUCGAGCUGACUGCUAGUUGCAUGCCUUUCGUAUCACGUCCAGCUUCCUGCCUAUCAUCGUUCUAUCGCCUAUUCUAUUCAUUUAACCGCCUGGACGACCGGCAAUCAUCUCAUGGGACUGUUUUUUUAGUGUCGAAACUGCUAUACGGUUGGAACACAAUCUGGAUUAACCAAUAUCGACGUAGGGCUAUUCGUGCUAUGUCGGACGUGUUUGAGAUAGGAUCAUUCCAUGACACGCAUAGGUACAGCUCAAGUGGGGAGUCCCCAUCCAAUGACUGGCAUCUAUGUGCGCUGCUGCUUCUUGCGCGCAAUGGUCUUCUAGACGGGAAGUAUCGUUCCUGUCCUGCCGCAAACCUGACCAUAGUCUACCAGGAUAUCACGGAAUGCGUCAGUGUCUUCUCUGACGACACGGGCGGGCUUCAUUUGGAAUUAUUCUGUAUUGUGUUACGAUGUACUCUGCAUCUCUAACGAUCCACCUUCAACUUAUCUCGGCUGACUUAGUGCUUGUCUUCAAGAUUCUCGGCCUACUCACGACGACAGUGUUCACAACAACAUUGGUAAUAACCAUAGGCAACGUUUUCGGUGUCUUGUUUGCCUUCAUGAGGAUCGUUAUGACACAGAAUAUGACGCAUAUUCAACGUAGUGAAUGGUAGGCGUUGUCUACUGGAUAACUACUACUCCUACUGUGCAUCUUACAGCUCCGCACCGUGUUCGAUAACACGAUCAGGCAGUGUAACCCUGCAUGUAAAAUGAAUUUCAGCAUUAUCGGCAUAUCACUACUGCACCGCUUCUUGACUGAUCUAUCUAUGGGGUUGACAUCAUACACGAUCAUUCUGGAAGGUAU